GUCAUAACGCUGCUGUCUGGUUUCCUCAAUGACAUCACUCCCAACAUGGCGUCCAGCCGGGUGUUGGAGAGGGAGGUCCAGGAGGAGUCGAAGACCGCAACCCCGGACUUUUGCCCCCACAAGUACUCCCUGCUGGUUAUCAUCGGACGGACGAGCCGCCACAGACAGACGGAGCACAUCCGGCAGGAGAUCGAACGAGGUAUUCGGUCAUGGGACGUGGACCUAAAAUCCUGCAACUUGAAUCUCUUUUUGCAAGAGUUCCUCUCCCGUCACACGGCAUCCUUUAAAGGUGCAGGGCAGAAGUGUCUUCGGCACUGUACCAAAGUGUUGGACACACAAGUGCUGAUCAGUCCAUCUCAGGAACUGGCUUAUUCCGAGGUGUUCGCCCUGCUGUCCAGGGAUUCUGCUCAUAAGCUGCUGAUCUUGGCAGGCCUGAGCGUGGAGGAAAGCGGAGAACUGCUGUUUCACAGAGGACAGUUUUCUCCUGGCCACCUCAGACGAAUAAUAACAGAGCAGUUCCCAGAUCAGGAGAGUUCCAGCUUCUGCGUUCCCCCGACCAAAAUCAGUCUGACUCUCAGCUGUCCGAAUAUCGGACACUGGAGAAAGACCCUCCCGGAAAACCCAUCCCUGCAGGCUCCCUUCACUCUACGCAUCAACCCCCCAGAGAUACUGCCGGCCAUGGAGUCUCUGGGGGAAUUUACGUCACUCAUCUCCGGCACCAUUUGCCCUGCCUCCCCCUUUGACCUGCUGCCACCUCCCACCACCGUGGGGUUCCUUAAGCUGUCCCGGCCCUGCUGCUACGUGUUCCCGGCUGGGCGCGGCGACUGCGCCUUCUUCGCGGUUAAUGGGUUCACUCUUCUGGUGGACGGGGGCUCGGACUCUCAGGCCUGUUUCUGGAAGCUGGUCCGCCACCUUGACAGAGUCGAUGCAGUUCUGUUGACUCACGUCGGCACAGAGAACCUCCCUGGUGCUGUCUCCUUCCUAGAAAGGAAGGUGGCUGAGAAGGAGCUAAGCUGUGAUGUCAAAGAUGACUUGUCGAAGAGGCUUAUCUCUCCAGAGCUGGGAGUUGUUUUCUUCAAUGCUCCCAGCAGGUUGCUGGCAGAACAACUCUCUUUUGCAGACAAUGUGCUUGAGAGUACACAGCAGGCAGCCACAACUUUACAGCUCUUGAAGAAGUUGGACAUCAGGCCGCAACCGAUGUUUCGACCACAAGGAGUCCCCAUAAAGCCAAUCACCUUGUUUCAAAAAAUGGGAGUGGGACAGCUGGAUUUAUAUAUUCUUUGCCCAGGCAAGAGCAGCCAGGAGUAUGAGACGUUCAUGCAGAACUGGCCGGACGGAAACUCAUCGUCGCAAUGUCUGCCUCUUGCUACGCUGGUUUCAGUCUCUGCCCUGCUCGUGUGGCAUCCAGCGUGCCCUCAAGAGAAGGUGGUCAGAGUGCUGUUCCCCGGCGCAACUCCACAAGCAAAACUGCUGCAGGGGCUGGAGAAGCUCAAGGGAUUAGAGUUCCUCCAGAAGCCAACAGUAACUACCGGAGAUCUUGAAAGGCAGGGGGAGGACAGGAAGGCCAAGAGGACGGAGAGUCUGGACAGCGGCCGGUCGAUAGGGAAAGAGGGAACAACCAGGCAAGGGAAAGAACGAGGAGCUAGAGAAGAGGGAAAGGAUGCAUCAGUGAAAGAAAAGGGAAAGACAUUGAGUGGAACUAAAGAUUCUGAUAAAGCUAAAGUCAAGGAGGCUGGUCUAAAACGUAAACCAUCACUAUCAGAGAAGAAUACUUUAAAGAAAGGGUUAGGGAAGGAUGGUAAAAAAGAGGAGAAGACAGGCAACAAAGAGGAGAAUAGUAUUAAAAGGACUGAGCAGAUAAAAAGAGAUGGAGUUCCCUCAAAAACCAAGAAGGACAAUAAAACAAAACCCAAAAAGGAUGCAAGAAAUGACAAAACAGCAGAGAAGAAAAUUCAAAAGUCAUCAGCAAGUAACGCAAACAAGGACAAGAAAGGGCAGGCGAAUAAUAACUCAAAAGAGCAAAAACAGGGGUCUUUGUCAGACAUCUCGGAGCCAGGGUGCCCUGGUACUGACAAGCAGAAUCACAAGAGGGAGACAGAAGUUGAGGAGAAGCAGCACGGCUCCAAGGUGUCUACCCCAGAGGAUAUGACGGCAGAGUUUCUCAGACUCCGGGAGGAAAGCGCACUGGAAGUAGCGGAGCCGGAAACAGCUGCCUGUGAUGAUUUAGGACGAGAAACAAACCUUGGAGGCUUUGGUGAAGAUGCAUGCAAUAAAAGGGCUGAAAGAUUCAUAGAAGAGGCAGCAUUUGGUUUAGGAGUAGCGAAAGUAGAGGACAGUAAGAGUUUAGCUCAAAACGUCCCCGGGAAGAGUAGCGAACCACAGGCAGAUCUCCAACGAAACCGUCCCGAUGAGUCUGUCAAAUCUAGUAAACCUGCAAAGGUUGUAGGAUUCCCGUCUCCUUUGAACAAAUCAUACAAUGGUGAGCACGCAGUCCAGCAAGACACAACCCCAACCGAGUACACACUUCUGGAUGGGGCUUUGAGACACUCUCCUCCCACGCACUCCUCUCCAGAAAACCAGGCCCCUAACAGCCCUGAUGAGGAAACGGUAGAGCCAGUGUCCGCCGACUCACGUCCUAACAGUGCGGGCCACACUCCCUACUGCCUGUCCCCGGACGACGUGUGGUGCAACAAGGCCACACUGAGCCGGCUUCAGGCCCUCCAUUCAGCUGACGCUUACGGGCCAAAUGGGUCAUCUCGGCUAAGCGAGGAGCAGGUUUGCAAGACCAAAAGCGCCACUGAAAAUACCAAAGAGAAGCAUCUAAGCUUUCUUUCUUUGGGUACAUGUAGAGAGGGUUCUUCGGAUCCGUCGCCCUCUGUAGCCACAACCACCACCACCACUCACUCAUUACCAGCAGAGGUGAGCUCGCCUCAGUCCACAGAAGUAGAUGAAUCCUUAUCCAUGUCCUUUGAGCAAGGACCAACUGCUGGGAGCCAGAGAGAAGGAGAUGACGGAGUUUAUCUCUCCCACUCUAAUGGAGGAUAUUAUGUGGGAAAGUCUUUACCGAUGAAGAUGCCUCCCAGAUCUUUGGGUCAGACCUCAGAGCUGGGGAGACCCGCUGCACCCAACACUCUCCAUUUCGAGGGAUCAGCUCAUGACGUGGACCUCUGUUUGGUUUCUCCUUGUGAGUUCAAGCAUUUCAAAGCCCCAGAUUCAAGCUCGGGCGCCAGUGAGGGCUCUAGAGACGUAAGCGGUCCAAAUCACCAGGGCAUCAACAAUAACAACCCGAAGGACAGGUCACCCAGUGAGUCAAAUGCCCCCGUCUGCACAGAGGACUGCCCGUCCACCACAGCAGACGGAGCUUUGGAUUUGGACUCUGAUGAUUCAUGUAGUGACCCGUCCAACUCCCCUUGUAACCACAACGUGAGUCAGACUCUGCCCCCCGACCCCCUGCCAGCCCCUCUCAGAGACAGCCCACCCCUGCCUCCCCAUCCCGACACCUCAAUGCCAGUUCCUCAGUCCGACUCUGAAGCUCAUGGAAAGAGAGCAAAAGCCACUGCAGCUCGGGGAAAACAUUUCCCAGGGAUUAUUGAUGCCCCCCAAAAAUCAGGCUCAGGGAAAAUCAAAACAGGAAGCCAAAGUGGAGCCAUGAAAGGGAAUCUCUUCUCCUCCCGAACACUUUCCUCCAGCACUCGCACGGCACCAGCAAAAUCAUCACCAGCUCCUAGCUCUAAGGCUCCCUCUGCUGGUGAAGUCAGUAUUUAUGUGGACUUAACUUAUAUUCCAUCUGGAGCCUCCUCUCCCACGGUCACUGUGGACUUCUUCAGGUGUAUUCGCUCCUCCUGCUACAUCAUCAGCGGCAACAGCCCACAGCGGGAGGAGCUUAUGAGGGAAACUCUGGAUGCUCUUCUGGACGGCAAGACAUCCUGGCCAGGAGUCAUGCAGGUGACAGUGAUCCCCACCUUUGAGUCGGCCUCGAUGCAGGAGUGGUACCAACAAACCCUGGACAGGCAGCGGGAGCUGAGCAUCACUGUCCUGGGAUCCAACAGCACGGUCGCCAUGCAGGAUGAAACUUUUCCUGCCUGCAAGAUCGAAUUCUGAGGUGUAAAAUACAUGAGAGUCGAUAGAUGGAAAUGUCAGUGUAAGAGUUAAAGUGCAAAGACUGGGAGAUCGAUAGAGAUAGAAACAGGUGUUAUAGGGAUAUGACCCACACUCUUUGCAUGUUAAAGGUAAAUUUAAAAAGAAGUUUGCAUGCUUCUGUUGGCCAAUGACCCUGUUCAAAACAGGAGAGGAGAUGAAACUUACUGGAAAGGAUGCAUGUCACUCAGUGAACACAGAGAGUUAGAUGAUAGUUGUUGCCGUAGAUUACUCAAAUUAGCAAGCAGAGAAUUAAGGACACAAACUGGAAACUCAGAUUGAAGUUUGCAACAUCCAAAGCGACAAGAAUUUGCCAAAUUCAGAUACAUUCAAAAGAGUUGUAGAGGUUUGCGUACCAUUUAAUCUUCAAGGAGUUCAGAUGUAUAGUUUGUGUCCAGGUGUUUGUUGUGAGCACUGUAAGCAGAUGUAAGACGGGCUGUGAUGUGUGUUGUAGCUGCUUUUAAAGGUGUUGUGUCACUGUGGCCUUUCUACUGAGAUCUGUACUAGAAGGAACCAAUUUUUUGACUUACAGUCGCCCACCAACGACUAAUUAUUCCUUAAGAUGAGGGAUUAGCUGAUUUUCCUGAUUUAACAGCAUUACAACAAUUGUAAAAUUUAACAUCAUCCUUCAAUUGUAAUCCAGUAAAGGUUCUUAUUAUCAUGCAAACCAGGAAGUGGGCUUCAAAAAGCUUUUUUUAAAAUAAAUUGGAGCUUUGCCCAAAAAUAUAUAAUUACUACAAUAAUUGCAAGUGUAAAUAUAAAACAAUCAAACAUUAUGUUUUAGAAAAUAUAUUUUGCACAGAGUAAAAUCACACAUGUGAAAUGGUGAUAUUAGGAGCUUUAUUGGCUGUAAAUAAAAGCUGAUGUGAUGGAGUAAUUCUGAAACUGGAACUGAAAGAAUGGUUGUAAUCAAAUGAAAAAUGCAAAUCAUAUUACUUUCAUUAUGCAAGUCCAUGAUUACAUUCAUGUUGCUUUUUGAAUAUCACUUAUCUAUAUACCCUAUAUAAACAAUGUCAUUUGGAAGUGUAAAGCAAAACUAAGACAGUGUUCAGAUGCUGCACUGUUGCUCCUAAAUUGGAAUAAAAUAUGUUUUACAUCUUUACAUGAA